UAUAAUGAUUAUCACGAUAUUAAACUACGUAAAUUGUCUAAGUUACGUUUACCGGAACAGAACUUGUCUGUUAUUAAUCAUUUGGAUUGUAAACAUUUAUCUGAUAUUAAGCAAUAUGUGUGUAAAAGUCGUAUAGUUCCCCGGUUACUUAUCGGCGAGGAUAAUUAUUGUUUAAUUGCACCCCUUGAGAUAAUUAACGGAAACAAAAAUGAACCUUAUGCAUCACGAUGUAUAUUGGGUUGGUCUAUUCACGGUUAUUGUGGUCGCACUCACUCUAAUGUUGCCAAUGUGUUCCAUCUCGCUCACUCUAAUGAUGUCGAUAUUCACGAAUUAAACGAACAAUGUAAAAAAUAUUUUUCAUUAGACUCGAUAGGAAUUUCAACUUUACGUCGAGAGAAUAGCGAUCAUUUAAGAGCGAUACAAAUAUUAGAUAAUACGUCACGUCUUAUCGGAAAUCAAUGGGAGGUCGGCUUGCCAUUCAAGAAUGACGUAUUUACUAUGCCUGAUUCACACGAAUCUGCACUUUCUCGGCUGCAGACAUUAAUGCGUAAAUUCAUAAAAGAUGACGCAUACGCAGAUCGGUAUAGAAACGAGGUAGACAAAUUGUUUGCCAGUGGUUAUGCGCGAGAACUACGGGAAAAUGAACCCUCCGCUAACCACCUAUGGUAUCUUCCACACUUUGGUGUGCAUAAUCCAAACAAACCGGAAUGUCCAUCGAAGUGGCAUUGAUUGGAACUGCCGCAUCCAACCUAGCGAACACGCACAAUGGUUAAAGUGGCUUGACGAGUUAAAACUUUUAAACUCAUUGCGUAUACCACGUUGCUAUGCGAACGCAGGAGUUUGGACACAAUGUUAUGACAUUACGGAGACCCAGGGAAUCGAGCCUACCAUCAUCACAACCGAAUUGCAUACAUUUUGUGACGCAAGCAUAAAGGCUUUUGCCGCAGUUGUGUACUGGCGUUUUAUCCGUUCCGAUGGCAAAAUAUUAAUAUGUUUUGUAUCGAGCAAAAGCAGAGUUACGCCUUUGCGCCCUGUAUCGAUACCGCGACUCGAACUACAGGGAGCCGUACUUGCUGCUCGACUCGCCCAUAUGGUUCAGGACGAACAUAAAGAUAUAAAGCCUGCCAAGAGAUAUUUCUGGACCGAUUCGAAUACAGUGCUGCAGUGGAUUCGCAGCGACCCUAGAAACUAUAAGCCGUACGUAGCCCACCGACUUGGCGAGAUUGAUGAGCUGACAGCUAUAUCGGAGUGGCGGCACGUGCCUUCUGGCUUAAACGUGGCCGACGUGGCGACCCGCGAGGAAUCACCCCCGCUGAACUUCAAGGAUGCAUGGUUUCGGGGACCUAGCUUUUUAUAUGAAUCCGAAAAUAAAUGGCCUAAGGAUUUGAAAAGUUCAAAGUCCUUUGGUGACGUAACAUGUGAACAAAAACAUGUUAAUGUUAUAUCGUCGGCGGACCGUAAUGAGUCACCGGCACCUGAUGAAUCUCGAUUUUCAUCAUGGAUUCGAUUGCUCAUGACAACUGCACGUGUUUUAUUGUUUAUUAAAAAAUGUCAGCGUAAAAAUAUGUACAUUAAUACGGAAUUAUUAAAGACCGCAGAGGAGAUAUUGAUAAAAAAGAGUCAAUAUGAUUCUUUUUCUAAUGAGAUUGUCUGCUUACAGCAAAACAAACCAUUGGAUAAAAAUAGUCGUUUGUUAUCAUUAACCCCUUAUCUUGACGGUGCUGGCUUACUGCGAGUAGGAGGCCGUAUUAAUAAAAUUGAAGGAGUACACGGGCCUGUCAAGAGACCUAUCAUCCUCGACGGUAAGCAUAAAACGACCAUAUUGCUCGUACAGUACUACCACAGACGAGCCCUCCAUGGAGCUCAUGAGCUGGUAGUUAACGAAUUGAGACAAAACUACUGGAUUUUACGACUGCGACCAACCGUACGAGCGGUAGCAGCACGUUGUCUGUUCUGUAGACAUCGCCGUGCAGCACCGCAGCCGCAGCGCAUGGCCGACCUGCCAUCAGCCCGCCUGCAGCACAGCCGUCGUCCAUUUACAUUUACUGGUGUUGAUUUCUUCGGUCCCAUAGAGGUCACAAUAGGUCGAAGAAGGCACAAACGUUACGGCAUGUUAUUUACGUGUUUAACGGUUCGAGCCGUGCACGUUGAAAUAACGGAGUCGCUCACCACUGACUCCACCAUCAUGGGUUUGAGUAGAAUGAUACCCAGAAGAGGAGCACCCGCCGUGAUCUACUCCGAUAAUGGAACGAACCUCAGGGGAGCAGAUACCGAACUGAAACGCAGCAUUGCUGAUCUCGACGCAGACGCUUUGCGCGCUGAUGGCCUAGUGAGAGGAAUCGAGUGGCGAUUCAUACCCCCAGGCGCGCCUGAAAUGGGAGGAGCAUGGGAGAGAAUGGUGCGCACAGUUAAAACAGCACUACGUGUUGUACUGAAGGAACGUGCGCCCCGCACCGAAACUCUCUCAACCUUCAUGGCCGAGGUAGAAGCCCUCGUCAACAGUCGGCCUAUAACCCACGUGUCAACAGACCCAAAUUACCCUGAGGCGUUGACGCCCAACCAUUUUCUGAUUGGCACUUCUUCAAAUGGGUCACUUUUUGGAAAAUACGAGGACGUGGAUCUCAACUUAAGGAAGCAGUGGCGAAUUGCGCAACGUCUGACGGAUAUGUUCUGGUCACGAUGGCUUAGGGAGUAUUUACCCACUUUGUUACCGCGACAGAAGUGGACUAGGGAGCAUAGGUCCUUACGCGUAGGAGACUACGUGUUAAUAGUAGACCCAAACAUAGAACGUGGAACAUGGCGGCACGGUAUAGUGAGUGCGACACACUCCGGUGAUGACGGGCGCAUCCGCGUGGUAGAUGUGCGCACUCGCACUGGCACGCUGCGGCGACCCGCCACUCGCGUCGCCCUCCUCACGCCUGAGGGUUGUAGUGAUGACUAGUCAUCACUAAGGGGGUGGAAUGUAGGCGACGCACAUUAAUAUUUACUCACUAAAAUUAAAAUAUCACGAUUGGCUGCCCUGGUUGGGAAUGGCCGUGAUCUUAUGUUAUGUUGCAAACCUAUUAUAGUAUUUUUGGUACAUGUAACGCCAUCUAGUGUAUUUGUUUUGAAAUAAAUUUAUAAAAUCGUUUGUGGGUAGCUACAGCCAACAUAUAAUAUUUUUUGUUUAAUAACCCUCGAAUACUUUUUUUAAGUCAAUUUCCGCCGUCGGGUUGGCUUACCGCUCGCACCAGCGAUUUUCGGUUUUCCUAAAGUUUUCGCGUUUUAAUCAGCCUAUCAUCUACAGUUAG